AUGGAGGGUGAUCAGAAGAAGGUGAGACCAAUAGACUUUACAGACCUAGACGGCGAAAUAGAACUGACAAAAUCGGUCAGUCUUGCAGAUUUUAUGCGUGGCGACUCCUCAAUGGCGACGGACAAUUUCAAGAUAAAUGAGUUGGUUCCCAUACAAUCUGUGGAGCCGAGAUUAAGCGUCAGUAUUCAAGCGCCGGUAAACGUACAGGCGUCAAACACAGCAGUGCGAAUAAUUUCCAAGGGGGAGAUUAAGGAAGCAGAGGUCGGUUCCUAUGAGGAACUAGUUGGACUCGAGCCUCAGUGCUGCCCUGUGGAGGCAGGUCACAUUGAAACGGUCAAACCCACAACACAGGAAACCUGUUGCGAAUUCGACAUUGGGAGAUCGCUAAUUUUUUCCCCACCACAGACCAACGUUUCUGCCACUGAUCGGAAGGAUCUGCUACCUCCUGAAGAUAGUUCAGUAUCAACCGAAGAAAAGCGGAAGGGGAACACAUGGAGGUUUUGUGGAUUUGGCUUUCUCCUUCGAAUGUGUUCUAUGCGGGCUCGUCGGAAGCGAAGUCCGAAACAGCAGGGCGAUUGUGAAAUUGGGAAAAAACUGCUGAACCCUGUGCGCACAACGCCCUCUCAACAGGAGCAACCGGUCACGGAUUCUGAGUAUUCAAACCCUUUGCUACCCAGCCCCAUGGUGAUGAUGAUGCCGGCAUCCGCAGAAUCUAGCGUAAGGUCAGCUCCUCAAGACGCCGGCGUAAAAACCAUCACCUAUUCUGAGCAUAUUUCUGAUGGCACCCUAUCUCAAGUAAAAUUAAUUGAAAGCGGCGCCUACGCUGCGACACCAAGGUUGGCCUACAAUUCCAUGGCACGUGCACCAGUCGGCACCACACAUGUAAAAAGGGAACUGACUGAACGGGAGCAAGGACCCGCUGAGCUGGAGAAAAGCAAUUUUGCGGGUCAACCGUCGAUGGACAUUAAGGUAGCCCUGGAGUGCGAUCUCAUGCCGGACGAGGAGAUUAAGAAAAUGAGACGCCCAAAGGUACUCACCUCACCCUACCAACAGACAGACACCGUCAGUUUCAGUGAGAUGGGCUCGGGCUACGGGUCGCCAGACUUUGAACAACAGGCGGCCCUGCCGGAGGUGCUGUCCACUGACGACAGCCGCUCCUACUCCCUGGCUGUCAGUAACAGGCUGGCAACUGACGUAGAUAUUCAGGCAGAAGACGCAGAAGCUGUAGGCUCCACGCCGUCGAUGAGUCUUGAGGCGUUUAAAGCAAAACAGAAAAGCAUAAGUGAAACAUCUGUGGUUGACAGAUGGUCACCGCUGAGUGAAGUGACGCCCUGCUACGCACAAAUGCACCUUUCUGAGCACUCCACUAUCGGACUGGGGGAUAUUGCCCAGACGGCAAACCCACUUCAGCGAAUUGGUCUUGUGUGUCGGGACCAGGGUUCCAUAGUACAGACAAACUGCUGCAACGGAGAGGGUAGACUGGAUCGCGGCCAGCUGCUCACACGAGGAGGUCUGUGGAUAGACUGGUCCGCUAUUUCACUGAACCGCAAAAAGACCCAUAAGACGGGUGUGUUAGCAGGCACCGACAUUACCUCCGGGAGGGAAGACAACGAAAGGGGACUGUCAGAAAUGAGCUCUGAAAAUGAGCUGGCUUCUCUGCCCUUUAGUGGACUAUUUAGAGCGAAGAUUGUCCACCAUGGCAGGGCCAAUUUCCAUUAUGCAACUCCACGGCAGCGACCAAAAGAAGCGCUCAAGGCUUUGGCACUAGCAGUGCCACCAGGGCCAGCUAUACAGGAAAGGGAGGCAGGGGAGGAUCAUACCGGUGACAAUGUCGCAAAAAUAACUUGGCAGCAGAUCAGAAGUCGAUGCCAAACUCUCCGCAACGGAGGGAGAAAUAACUUAUCCAGAUACAUACCCUUUGUUGAAAGCGCUUCCCUUCAGACUUCCAGCAACGAAGGACAUGCAGAAUCAAGUCCCAAUAUUUCGUGUGAGGUGUCCUUUGGUGGAGACCAGACAAGCUUGGGAAUUAGUUCUGGUUUCGAAACCCCUACACUACAGAAACAGGCAAGCUAUGCCCACACAAGUCGCCCGUCCACAAUAUUGGAGGGGUCCCGAGACAGAACCACUGGACCGGACGGUGGCUGUCAUGCAGGAAGGGCUACCUACCUACCAGAUUCCGACCGAGUAGCGGCGCCUGAAUCAUUGUUCAGUGAUUGCUGUCAUACAGGUGUAACCCACGUGGUGAUUGAUGACGAAGAUUACAUGUGCGUGGACCAGACAGGUCAUUCCGAGUACCGCGGAGACAGAAUGCAGAAGUCAAGGACGUCUGCAAGACCUCAAAGGACCUUUCAGACUGAGUUUGGAAUACUUGACGAACUAAAAUCAGUACUUUCACAAACAAAUAACAAUAACAGUGUCCUCUGUGGGAAACUUGAAGAGGCAACAACGGAGAAAGUUUUGCCAGUUGGGAAUAUAGACAGCAGUGAACGUAUUUCAGCCCAGGACUACGCACUUCCCGGGGCACCGCAAAAGCCUCAGACGUUACUGGCGCAGCUACGCGAGGCUAGGGAACUUGGCAUAGGAGUGCCUAGUCUGCCAACUCCUUCCUACUCCUGGGAUCGUAUAAGAGAUGAGGCCGAAAAUCCUUCCAACAGUGUGCAAACACGACCUCGAAGGAGGAAGAAUAAACCUCUGGAGAAAACAACCACUGCUCCAACUCUACCGAAGCAGUCACCGGCCACGUCAACGAAAACGCCCUCGGUGUCAGAUAUUUUGGAGAAUUUGCGGAAGGUUAAAGAGGCGGAAGAAAAGCUGAAGUCUUGUAAACAAGAAAAGCUAAUGGAAGAGUGUGAAGUCGCUGGCAAAGAUAUGCAGCCGCUGACAGCCUCCGAAGCCAUAACUCAAAUGACUGGGGCCCCCAUUGUUGACUUCAAAGAACGACGGAGGCUCCGACAACAGAGCAAGAUUGAGGAGGAGCGGAAAGAGCUGCUGGCCAUGACUGAGAACGCCCUCAAAGACCGCAAGGAGCAGCAACGACGUAUCACCCAAAACGACUCUUCCCAGUUGGGUGAACUCCUCUUCUGUGGUUCCACUAAAGCUAUGUUCGACCCAAAUGCGCCCACUCUGGAACGCGUACCAUCCACCCGACCAGCCUCCCAAACCAAGACCCGGGUUUUUGUUCCCGUGACGCCUGAGGCUGAAACCAAUGCACAGUUGGCCAAGUUGAGUGGGAUAGAGCGAAACAAUUCGGUACCAGGUGGAGGAGGCGGAGAGUGUAACGCGGAAGGCCGGCCUCUCACAAAAAGCAAUGUGGAUGCUGUGAAGUCAAUACCUGAGCUGCGAGUGCAGACUCCCACAGUAAAGGGUGACUCUAGCAGCACAAGCGAGGGAGAAAGAAAGACUGACAAGAACGCUAAAUUGGAUAGCCAGGCUACAGACGUCAGUUGCGAUACUUCUACUCUCCAAACAGCCUGCUCCGGGUGCAACCCCCUGCCAUUCUUUGCAGGGACACACCAGAAGGCUGUGUGCAUGUGUUGUUCGAAUACCCCCAUGUGGGGAUCCUGUAAUCACAUGCCACCACCGGUCAUUCUACAGCCCCCGGUAGCGUACGCGUUACCACCAUAUGCUCCUCAAGCACUGCCACCUUGGAACUAUCAACCUCAACUCCAGUGGAUGCCGCAGUUACCGCCCCCACAGUGGAACCAGGUGCCCUUAAUAACAACUGAGGUGCUGCCCCAGCCACAACAACUGCCGACGUGGCCUGAGCCGCAGGACUAUUGGCCGCAUGGAGUGAGACGAAAGGACGUCAAGAUCAGCUUUUCUAGGUCUUCGCCAUCGAGUCGGUCGUCAUCAUCCACCGGUAUGCAAACAUUCCAAAGCCAUUCCUCUUGUAGCACCUCCUCAACCUCAUCUUCCCUCUUCCUUACCUCUGGUCGAAGUUCGAGUACAACAUCCACCGGGAGUGGAGGCAGCGAAACUAGCUAUUGGUACGAUUUGGCCUAG